CAGGUGACCUCCCAACCCGAGAGUCUUUCUUAAAUGAUUUACUUGGAGCGACGGACGACGCGUGGCGAAAGCUACAAGUCUUACUUGGAGAGAAGCAGCGGAUCGUUUUGUCUGCAUCAUUCGGAACUCCCUCGCUGCGGAUUUCUCAUAGAUUGAUUUAACCGGCAAUCGAAGCCUCUCUUCUCUUCUCCUUCUCCCGAUGUUCAAUUUUUGGGGAUCUCAGGAUCAACAAUCUCAGUCACGUCCACAGGAUGGUUCUUCUCAGUCUUGGUAUCCUCCGUCCGUGGUUAGCUCCCCGAGUUCUUCUCGUCCAGGAACACCAGGUAGUACUUCUUCUGGCAGCUUCAGUUCGCAUAGGCCUUCAGACAGGCCACACUCACCAUCACUCGUGUCGCCUACUGAAACCACGGGUCUUAUAGCUGUUUUGAAGGACAAAAGUGUUGAUGAUUUGCGGAGGAUUUUAUCGGACAAAAAUGCAUACCAUCAAUUUUUACUUUCACUUGAUCAAGUGAAAACUCAAAACAAUCUAAGAGAUGAACUUCGCAAGGAAACUCUUCAGCUUGCCAGGGAGAACUUGGAGAAGGAACCCCAGAUUAGGGAGCUUAGAAACCAGUGCAGAAUAAUCCGGACAACAGAGUUGGCUACUGCUCAGGAGAAACUGAAUGCGCUCGAGAGAAAAAAGGAAGAGAGUUUGAAAUUCUAUUCCCCUGCAUCACUUCUCCAAAGGCUUCAAGAGGAAAUGAAUAAGACGGAGGAGGAAUCUGAAAACCUGCACAGGCGGUUCUUAGAGAGGGAAAUCGAUCUUGGGGCCUUUGUCCAGAAAUACAAGAAGCUUCGUACUACUUACCAUAGGCGUGCACUCGUCCACCUUGCAGCCAAAACGUCAUCAACUGGUUGAAUUGAUACGGACACAUUAUUGUAUACUCGUGUAUUUGGGGAACAUAACUUUUCGAUCGUUUCUUUGUAUGGAAUUGGUGUGAUUUUGAUUUAUUUGUAUGCGUUCCUCCUGUAUAUCAAUUAUGUUAAUUCUUAUCAUAUCCGGCCCAACACUGCUGUUAAUGGAAACUUCAUUAUUUGCUUGAAGAA